UCAGGUGCGGUGUAAACUGCAAGCACCUGCUUUAAUUGGAUAAGCCUUUAAUCAUGGAGAGAAGACUCCUGAAAAAGGAAGUGAAAAAAAUCCUGGGAGAUUAUAUUGGCAUCAGACUUCGGGAAAAUGAAUUUGACCCCAAAGGAAGAAGGCACCUCACCUUUCUAGACGAUCUGGCUCACUAUGACUUGGCCAUCAACGUUGCCUUGCAAUGGCUUGAUCGCUCAGAAGACUUAACGUGGCUGGAGUGGGAGGAAGUGAAAAUGCCACUUCAUGGGAGGCCUGUAUAUCCAAACCACAGAGAACGAGAAGCAAUGAUUUUAUCUUCUUAUGCUGGACUCUUAAUGAACACUAUCCCAAUUGAGGAGGUCUUUAAAGUGUAUGGGGCUGCUUCGUCUGCCAGGUCUGCAACAAGCAAGGCUCCCCGAGCUCCACCUCUCCGCCUCUCCUUGCACCCCUUUGCCAUGUUAACAGCACCCAAGGCAGCGGAGUCUGCUCGCACACAGAGUGUCAUGUUCAGAAGAGGAGCAACAAAUAAAAAUGGCACCCACAGCUAUGCCAGGGCUAAAAAUGCCAUGGGAUGGAAAUCAUCGAGACGUGUCCCUUUGAACACACAGCCGAAGACCAAAGUCACUGAGACGGGAGCUUCCUAAUAAGAUCUCUGGAAGAGUGGGGGGAAUCCUCACUUUAAAUCCACAGCGUCUCCACUACCUUUUGCUUUUUACUGUUCGCCUAAGGAUCCAGAAGGCAGUGGGGUGUGACUUGGGCUGCUGAGGUUUCUUUUAGAAGCUUGUCCAUCACCGCGUGCAUCUUCUGCUACCUUUUCGUGUCUGGAAGGCUGCCGAGCACAGCAGAGAGUAAAGUGCAUUCUCCGUCUGGCAGAGCCCCUGGCUUGGCGGCGCAUUUUACAAAGGGUUAGUCUUGACGCUCGCAGGUGCUGGAGUGAAGGCGGCAGCUUUCCAGUUUCCUCCCCAGAUAAAACGAACCUGUUACUUACUGCCUUUACUAUGCUCUCACAUAGAAACUUUUAUUAAAAAUCACUGCAAUAAAGCACUAAAGGAAAACAGGUGUGGGCUCUCUUUCAGUAGACUAAAAUGACUAGCGAGGGGGAAAAAAGUAUUGGCCUUACA